AAUCCUGACUCACUCACUCUCUCUCUCUCUCUCUCUCUCUCUCUCUCUCUUCAUCUACGUUUCUCCUCUCCUUCUCUAAAGGAACCAAAAAGAUUUUUUUAAUUAAUUUUUGUAUUUUUAAUACCGCUUGAAGAUGCUAACCAGGGCCUCCAUGAAGGCUAGAAAUGUUAUGAGGCAUGUUGCAAGUGUCAGUGGAUUGCAGAAACAUAUGCCUCGAUGCGCUUUUACUUCAUCCAUGAGACCGAUGAGUUCUGAGGCUUCUCUUCGAGCUGCGCCACCGGAAGAGAAAGGGUUUAAGGGGCAUGACAUGUUAGCACCUUUCACUGCCGGAUGGCAAAGCUCGGACAUACACCCGCUAAUCAUCGAAAAAUCAGAGGGUUCUUACGUUUAUGAUAUCAACGGGAAGAAGUAUCUAGAUGCGUUGGCCGGACUAUGGUCCACGGCUUUAGGUGGAAAUGAGCCUCGGCUUAUCAAGGCCGCAACCGACCAACUGAACAAAUUGCCGUUUUACCAUUCCUUCUGGAAUCGAACAACGAAGCCCUCGCUGGAUCUUGCAAAAGAGAUUCUCGAGUUUUUCACAGCAAGAAAAAUGGGAAAAGUCUUCUUCACCAACAGUGGCUCCGAAGCCAACGAUUCGCAGGUAAAGCUUGUUUGGUACUAUAACAAUGCGCUGGGGAGGCCGAACAAGAAGAAAUUCAUAGCUCGAUCGAAGUCGUAUCACGGAUCGACAUUAAUAGCGGCUAGCCUUUCCGGUCUCCCUGCUCUGCACCAAAAGUUCGAUCUACCUGCGCCGUUUGUGUUGCACACGGAUUGCCCUCACUAUUGGCGCUUCCAUCUCCCCGGCGAGACGGAGGAGGAAUUCUCGACCAGAUUAGUGAACAAUUUGGAGAACCUUAUUCUCAAAGAAGGACCUGAGACGAUUGCUGCUUUUAUCGCCGAACCCGUUAUCGGUGCAGGCGGAGUUAUCCUUCCUCCAAAGACGUAUUUCGACAAGGUUCAAGCUGUUCUAAAGAAGUAUGAUAUUCUUUUUGUCGCAGAUGAGGUUAUUACUGCUUUUGGAAGAUUAGGGAUGAUGUUCGGGUGCGACAAAUACGACAUUCGACCUGAUCUUGUUUCUAUAGCCAAAGCUCUUUCAUCUGCGUAUUUGCCCAUCGGCGCAAUUCUCGUUAGCCCGGAAAUAUCAGAAGUAAUACAUUCUCAGAGCAGUAAACUUGGAUCGUUCGCUCACGGAUUCACAUACUCCGGUCACCCUGCGCCUUGUGCUGUUGCUUUGGAGACUCUUAAGAUUUAUAAGGAGAGAAAUAUCCUUGAACAUGUAAAUGCUAUUGCGCCGAAAUUCCAAGAGGGCAUUAGACAAUUCUCAUCAAGUCCCAUAAUUGGAGAGAUACGCGGGGAAGGGUUGGUUCUCGGGACCGAGUUUACCGACAACAAGUCUCCGAAUGAUACAUUUCCUCCGGAAUGGGGGGUCGGUUCGAUAUUCGGGUCGGAGUGUGAGAAGCACGGGUUAUUGAUUCGGGUCGCGGGUGAUAGCAUAAUGAUGUCUCCACCACUGAUAAUUUCUCCAAAUGAAGUAGACGAGUUGAUAAGCAAAUACGGAGAAGCCCUGAAGAGCACAGAGGAAAGAGUUGCUCAGCUGAAAUCUCAGGAGAAAAUUUGAAGCAAAAAAAUUUAACUUCUCUUUCGAGUUGUCGAAUUCGCGAAUGCAUGUACACAAAUAAUUUGACUUGUUUUAGUUGCUAAUAAAUGGAUUAGCGAAAAAUUGUUCUUGGGCUCGAGAAAAAGAUCAUUGUUAUGAAUUUAUCUAUCUUAAAGAUCCCUUUUUUAUUCUCUCAA